AUGCAUGCGACGCUAUGGGACGAAGUACAGGGCUCUUGCGACCCAGUCAAGCUACAAAAAGCGCUUAAUAAUGGAGUAGACCCCUCUGUGGUGCUAGAUGGAUGGACACCGCUCCAUUUUCUCUGCGAAAACCCCUCCGUUGAUUCUGCAGCGCGUGCUGAAGGGCUGCGACUGCUGCUUCAAACGAACUUUGACUCGAACGCAGUGGACGAGAACGGGUGGAGCGCUCUGCAUUUGUUGUGCAAGAACAAGAGCGGGGGUGACGGAGACCUUGUCCAGAGUAUCCAGCAGCUCCUGACGGCCAACGUUAAUGUGAAUCUGCAGACCACGGACAACAAAAAAUCAGCGAUGCAUUUUCUGUGUGAGAACGAAGCAGUGUCGAAAGAGGCAUUGGAGGCUCUUCUCAAGGCUAGACCAGAUACGAACUUGGUGGAUAAGGACGGUAACGCUCCACUGCAUUAUCUAGCGGAGAAUAACUACGUCUCAGAUGAAACGUUCAGUCUCAUGCUGGCGGCCCAAACGAACGUCAAUAUCCAGAACAAUUUUCAAUCCACACCAGCCCACUACAUCUGUCAAAACAGUCGCGCCACCCAUCUUAUGAUUCGUGAGUUGUUGAAGCACAAAGUCAAUUUCAACAUCAAGAAUAAUAUCGGAAAUACGCCCGUUCAUUACCUGUGUGAAAACGACGUAGUAACGGUGGAUAUGCUCAAGGAGCUCAUGAAUGACAAGCAUGUAAAUGUCACUAUCCCCAACUCGCUCGGGAAGCUUGCCAGUGUCUACAUUCCGUCUCAAAAGGAAGACUGCCUUGCGUUCCUUCAAAAGUUUGCGGCACCAAACCUACUUUCAACGAGCGGCAACACUAUAGCGACUGCAGAAAUUGGCGGCGAAGACCCAAGUGAAUUGCCAGAGCCUUUGAAGUCGGCACUCGCAGCUUGGAAUACGUCACUCCCACCAUUUGAUGCCGCCUUUUACAACGCUGUUUCCUGCGAAGCUGCCUUUGGACCGAUCUACGACGAAGUUCAAGAGGUUUCACGGCGUGCAUGCGAAAAUCUCGGAGAGUCUGCGACAUUCGCUGCCUGGGAAAAGAGCUUGUGCAAGUGGCGAGCGUGUGUUUUGCUGUCCUAUGCGGCACUCGUUCCUCCAAAUAUUUGGCACCAAUAUGCGGAGCAAUUUCAGCGCCCAGUACCAUCGGAUCUCACGAAAUCGCUGGAAAAUGUAGAGGCAGCGUGGAAGCAAUUUCCAGAGCAGACUCAGCGUCGCGGCCGCUUUCAAGCUCUAGCUGAUGUGUUUACACCAUAA